UCCUACUAUUGACGUAGACGAAUUAGAAAUCUCUCUACUCUCCUCUUGGUUUUUAUGACGAAACUCGAAACUGCGCUAAGAUAUAUAUUAUUUAUCCAUUAAAAUGGUGACAGAUCCUGAGGUGAAAGAAAUUCUAGAAAAAUUUUAUGAUUUUCUAAAUAUGGCUUCUGCCGCAUUGACUAGAAAUCAAAUGAAAAUAGUUUUAAAAGAAAUGUUGCUGAAGCUUGAGGAAAUGAACCAGUUAAAGCAAAACUUUUUAAUUCCAGUUGUUUCUGAAAACCUGGAAAUAGAAGGGUUUGUUUUGAACGCUGAAAACUCUAAAUCUUCUCAUAAACUUCAGAGGACACAUGUGAUUGAUGUUCAAGAAGUUGAGGAAGUAGAACAUAUUGAAGAGGAUGAUGGGUCUGCUCUAGAGAAUAGAAACCAAGAUCAAAUUGUUGAAGAGGAGAAAACCAAUUUAUUCUUUUUCCUUGAUGAGAAUAAUGAAACCAUUACUUCAGAUCAAAUUAUUCAAGAUUCAUCGGAAAACCUAGAAGUAGAAGAGAUGGUGGAGGAUGUUAUUAAUCCUCUUGAAGACGACGGCGAUGACAAGAACGGGAUACUUGAGGAAGUUUGGUCAGAUGAAGAGAUAUUGACAGAACCAGAUUCUGAACCUGUUCCCUCUGGCUUAGAUUCAUCUCCGACAAAUCUUUUUAUCACAGCCCAGGAUUCCUCCAACCCUCUGUCCUGCUGCCUAUGUGAUAAAUCCUUCAAGUCUGUAAGUGCAGUUGAGCAUCAUUUACAAACCAAGCACAAGGAGGAGAGGGGAGAAGUUAGAACUAAGAUCUACUGCGGAGAGGACGGAUGUAACUACUCAACCUUCAGUCAGAACCUUCUCAAGGCUCAUAUAUACUCACACGCUAACAAUGCUCCACUCACCUGUCCUGUCUGCGAGAAGGAUUAUUUAGGAGGUCCUAAGGCUCUGAAACAACAUAUGAAGAUACAUGAAGUUACUCGAAACUAUUUCUGUGAUCAGUGCAACAAAACAUUCAUUAAUCAGAGCAGAUUAACUCAUCACAUACAAAACGUUCACUCGAACUCUAAUUUCCACUGCGACCAGUGUUCAAAGAUGUUUAAAUCUAAAGCCAACUUUCAUCGGCAUAUGAGAAUACACACUAAUGAGAAACCGUUCUCUUGUCCCUACUGUGGAUUCUCUAGCAACCAUUCAGCAAACCUAACCUCACAUGUUAGAUCCGUUCAUAAACAAACUAAUUUCACAACUGGGAAAGAAGAAAAGUCGAGGAAAAAGGCACAUUUGCUUAAAAAUAUUAUUGAAAAUAAAAGUAGCCGGUUGAUAACAUCACUCCUGGGUGGAUUACCUGUAAACGAGGAAAAUGUUUCUCAAAGCCUGGGAAAGAACUUGUUCAGAAAACUAGCUGAUGCCGGAGAAAUACAGUCGAUAAAUAUUCCUCAACUCGAACAAAAUCUUAAACCUAAUCCAAAUUCUCUGAUAAAAGUGAAGACCGCGAAACCUGAUUUCUGCCUAAAAUCCGCGAAAACUGACAAGAUUAUUACUGUUACAAACAGCCAGGGACAGCUGGUCAAGGCAGUGGUUAAGUUAAAGAGGAGUAGGGCUGGGGGAGACCAAAUUUUACAUGUUUGCGUUAAAGAUUAAUAAUUUCAGA